GAACUUCAAACUCAAAUCACAGAAAACAAUUCUUCUUCUUUUGAAAUGACUGUGGCAAUGAACAAGACAUCACAAAAUACAGUGGACGUACAAACAGGAAAUGAAGGCACAAAGAAUGAAUCUUUUUCAUUGUUUUCUCCUAAUGUAGAAGACACUGUGACAAUAAACACGAAGUCGCCAGAAGAAGUUCAAAAUCAAAUCACAGAAAACAAUCCGUCUUCUUUUGAAAUGACUGGGGCAAUGAACAAGACAUCUCAAAAAACAGUGGACGUACAAAGAGGAAAUAAAGGCACAAAGUUUGAGUCUUUUUCAUUGUUUUCUCCCAAUGUAGAAGACACUGUGACAAUAAAGACGAUGCCGCCAGUGUACUCCGGUUCAAAAGAGUUAAACAGCACCGAAGAUGAAGAAUUCUCAGGUGAUUUUGUGGAUGUAGAAGGAAAACGUGAAGGCACAAAUGAGUCAUUUUCCUUUUCAACCUUUACGGAAGACACUGUGACCAUGGUGACAAUGAACACGAGAUCUCCAACUGCAGAGAACGUCACUGCGAAAACACAUGCAACAAAGAAGGAACCUGAAAAUGGUGCUCUCCAGAGGAGAUCAGUUUUGAUAUGGAUUAUUGGCUGCUGUAUUAUGUCUGUUUGGUCUUUAUCUAGUUGAGGAUGGUUGAUUAAUAGAACAGAUAUAUAGUACCAAGAAGAAAACUUUUGCUUUAACUUUAUUUAAUUUAUUUUAGCUCUAGAUAAAAUGAUCACAAAAUUGA